GACACGAUUCUUGUUUGUUUUUACUGAUUUUGUAAACGUAGUCUUUUUCAAGUCGAUAAUUGAAUAGUUUUGGUUUUUUUGAAUACCUGUUGCGCGCGCAUAUUUCGACGACUUUGUUCUUUGUUCUGUUGAAAACAUUUAAAAGUCGGUAAAUUUAAUGACAAUGGAAGACCUAGUGCAAUUUAAGGUGUUCGCCUACUGGUCCCAAGAUGGCCCCCCAGAAAUCCGCCGUUUCGGGAUUGAGAAAAGUGUGGUCACCAGUUUCCAUUACUUGAACGCCAAGCUGCAAGAUGUCUUCCCUGGACUUAAGGGCAAGGUUUACACUGUUAUGUGGAAAGAUGAGGAUGGUGAUGAAGUAUCCAUUUCAUCGGACGAUGAAAUGAUGAUAGCGCUGUCUUCUCUUCAAGGCCACAUUUAUAAGCUGGCCGUGAAACCUAAAAUCCAAGACGGGGGGGACAAGGAUGUUGACAUCACAAUUGCAUUUCCGGAGGUCUCUUGCGGCAUCACAGGCCCCUCCGCGCAUCAUAUCGGCGUGGUUUGCGACAACUGCGAGUCCCCAGUAUCCGGCUACCGCUACAAAUGUACCGUGUGCGCCGACUUCGAUUUGUGCUCGCGGUGCGAGGCCGCCGGCAACCAUCCGGAGCAUUGCAUGGUGCGCGUACCCGCUCCGAGCAUGCCGCGUGCCAUGAUCCGAGCGGCGAUCAAACGCUCUCGCCACUUCUUGAAAUCCGUCGCCACCAAUGCCGAAGAAGAGUCUCAUAAACGCCACCGUCGUGACCGCAGUGCUGAGAAGAAGCACGACCAUCACCGUGACCACCACCGCGACCGCCGCUCGCGCCCCAGCUGGAUCGACACCUUCGCUACCUACAUGAACGAGUUCGCCAACUUGGCCGGCGAUAUUGACCUUGAUACCUUUAACAAGGAUCAGAAGAAGGAACAGCAGACACCGCCUAAUACGGCUCAGCCGCAACCGAGCACGUCGCAGACGCAGUGCCCUUUCAAGCCGGCAAUGGGAUGCCCGUUCAAACCAACCACUGAAGCCAAGCCAGAUCCCACCACACCAAAGCCAACAGAGUGCCCCUUAAAACCGUCUACCACCACGACACCAAACCCUGAACUUCCUCAGUUCAACCUCCCAUUUGGACUGGACCUCAACGCUCUGCAGACGCUUCUUCAAACCCACUUGGUUAAUCUGGCUCCUCGUGACCAGAACAUGCGAGAGGAAGGUCAAGGUGAUAAGAAGACCACUGAUGACGCAGAAAGCGUCAAGUCUGAUAAAGCCAGCACAUCUGACAGGGCCAGUGUCAAGUCUAAUGAGUCUGUGAUUUCUAAUGACGUGAAAAGGGAGCCGUCUUUGGACAAAGCUGAUGACUGGAUGAUGGUCAAUCAGGACAAGGAUCUGAUGGACCUAGCUUAUGUGAACGUAAAUCCAACUGCUCCGGAACAGGGCCCGAUUGGGUUCAACCUUCCCGAAGAAUUCCAGCAGCGUGUCAACAUCUCCGGUGGUAAUCUGUACCCGCCUCUCAAUAUGGCUACCGCAGUGUUGAAUACUAAAGAAGCCGAGCUGCCAAAGAGCCAGGCUGCCGCCGCGCCCGCCCCCGCCCCCGCCCCGGCCCCCGCUCCCGCCCCCGCCUCAGCCUCCGCCUCAGCCGCCGUGCCCGCACAGACCCCUAAACCGCAGCCGCAGCGUCACCCUUCUCCGCACAUUGAGGCCGCCAUCCAGCAGAUGCUGUCCAUGGGCUUUACCAACGACGGCGGCUGGCUCACUCAGCUGCUCGAGAGCAAGGAUGGCAACAUCGCCGCCGUGCUCGACCUGCUCACCCCUGUCAAUCCUAAACAGAAGUAAAGCGGCGAACUGGGCACUUCCUGCUUGUUAUACAUAAUUGGUCUCACUCAAUGGAAACAUCGUAAUGGCUGGGCCACACCCACACUAACGGAAAACGCCGUUGAUUAUCGCGAUAAUCCCAGUGUGGCCGUAUGAAAAGUGUCCAUUAUCGCGAUAAUCAACGGCGUUUCCCGUUAGUGUGGCUCAGGCAUAAGAGUGACUAGCAACAAAGACAGCAGCGACAAUACAUCUCGAUAACAUCAAAAUCCAUUUCAUAAGCCAUAAGUAAGGAAGUGCCUGAAGGAAGUUAGUGGCAAUGAUCCCGCAUUAUUUUAAAUAAAGUACACAUUAUUGACGACCGGUCUGGCCUAGUGGUUUGUGACCCUGCCUGUGAAGCCGAUGGUCCUGGGUUCGAAUCCCGGUAACGGCAUGUAUUUGUGUAAUGUAUUUAAGUAUUUGUAUAAGUAUUUUAUAUAUAUAUCGUUGUCUGAGUACCCUCAACACAAGCCUUCUUGAGCUUACCGUGGGACUUGGUCAAUUUGUAUUUGUAUUUAUUUAUUUGCAUAAUCAUGUACAUUACAUUUACAGAGAUGGUAUUUGCAAAGUAAGAGGCACUGAUACCCUGGUAGGGCAUAGCAAAAAAUAUCUUACACACUAACAUAAAAUUUACAUAUUAAAAUACAAUAAUAAUUUAUCAAAACAUUCAUAUAACAUUCAAUGCAAUUAAAUUCAAUUGGUAUAGAAUGGAUUUGUGUAAGAAUGUCCCUAUAAUAUUUAUUUAUUAUUAUCCAUAACUUUCUAUGUAUCGUCAUUAUAACGAAACAGCACUUUAAGUGGAUAUAUUCUAAGAGCAUUAUUCAAUUGGGAAUUAACCCCAUAAAUCUUGAUUUUUGAAAUAACAGUUUAAAACUGUUUUUAAUUUUAGAUUAUACUUGACGUGUAUUCAUGCAAUUAUUCAAUUGAAUGUUGUGCAAUUACAAUUGUGUUGUACUUAAUGUUAUAAAUAAUCGUGGACAUUUAUAGUUAUGUAGGUUAUCUACGUGCCUAAGUUUAUAAAACGAUUACACUGUAUUUAUUAGUUAUUAGAUUUAUUAUUUUUCUUAUUAUGAUUCGUAAGAGUAUAAGUUAGGUACUCUUUAUAUUUAUUUACUGUUAAAAUAUGAUUAUUUGAUUAUACAUAUUUAAUUUACUGUUUUGAUAUUCAGUCAUCUUCUCUUUGAUGUUCAUAAUUCUGGAAAUAUCUAAAAUAUGUAACUAAUCACUUGGUGUGUCGAAUGGUAUAGCAACUACGCACUAUAGAUUACUAUAAUAACUUACUUGCUGUUGAGUCCCCAGCAAGCUCGGUCCUCCAUAUAAACGUAGUUACGCUCUCAUAUUAAAACGACUAGCUAGAUUGCUCUGAAACUUUGUACUUACAAUAGGAUAAGGUAUAUCUAGUCCUGUAAUUAGUUUAUGUGCCACACCUAAUGUCACCGCCACCAUCUAUCAAUGUCAUCAUUGCGGCAAACUGUUCACGAACAAGUCUGUUUUAAAGAAACACACUCACUUACCUUUACAUAAAUAGAUCGGAGGGGAUUAUGGUUUAGAAUUAGAUAGACAUCAAAUCAAAAAAAAACUACACGGGGGCAAAAAACUAUAAAAACGCUCACAUGAUUAUACAGACAGGUGAAAAGCCUUUCGGGUGUAAUCACUGGCUACAAGAGUAGUAGGAAAUCAAAUUUACGGACUCACCUAAUGACUCACACAGACGAGAAGCCUUUCAGUUGUAGCUUGUGGCUACAAGUGUAGAAGAAAAGCACAUUUAUGGAAGCACCUGACGAUUCACACAGAGGAGAAGCCUUUCAGGUGUAGCCACUGCAGCAAAGUUUCAUUACAAUCCAACGCGUCAGGUGUAGCCACUGCAGCAAAGUUUCAUUACAAUCCAACGCGUAAUUUGAAAAUGAGAAGGAUGCUC